AUGGUUUGUUCGGGUUGUGUGGUUUUAGUUGCGUUUGUUUUUAUUGUUUCAUCGUUGAAAGAAUGUCUGGAAAAGAAGAAUCUUCAAACUAUGCAGCCACUGCAGAGGAGGAAGCAGUUAACCAAGGGUUUGUGUUGCCAGAGGGUAAAAUCAUGCCAAACACAGUGUUUGUAGGAGGAAUUGAUAUUACGAUGGAUGAAAUAGAAAUUCGGGAUUUCUUCACACGUUUUGGAAACGUGAAGGAAGUUAAAAUCAUCACUGACCGGACAGGAGUGUCCAAGGGGUAUGGCUUCAUUUCUUUUUCUGAUGAGGUGGAUGUCCAAAAGAUUGUUAAGUCGCAGAUAAGUUUCCAUGGGAAAAAACUGAAACUGGGCCCUGCCAUUCGAAAAAUUUGUACUUAUGUGCAACCUAGACCUGUGGUGCUUAGCCACCCUACUCCAUUCCACCAUGCAUGGAACAAUCAAAAUGCAGACUCUUACAUUCAGCAUUCUCCCAUAGUCAGCCCUAUUACUCAAUAUGUUCAGGCUUGCCCAUAUCCAAGCUCUCCACCAAUGGCGAUUCAGCAGAUUCCUGUAGGCUGCCAACAACCUGGCUACUUUCAGGUAUCCCCACAGUGGCCUGCCGAUCAACGGAGCUACAUGUUUCCCACACCGGCUUUCACAUUCAAUUACCACUGCUGUGAUAUGGAUCCAAACGGAGGUGAACCUAUUCCAAGAGAAUAUCCUAUUGAUCAGACAGUGUCUGCUUCUGGAGCCAAUCCACAGAAGAGAUAUGUGGAAAUGAGUACCCAGACUAUUGUAUCCUGCUUGUUUGAUCCAGCAAACAAAUUCCAUUCAUUUGUUUCACAGGAGGACUACUUAAAGGACAAUAGAGUGCACCACUUGAGGAGGAGGGAGUCUGUUAUCAAGAGAGUUUCCAAAUGAAAACUGCUCUAUUCACAGCUGAACACAGUUAAAAAGAAUGCUGUACUGAUUUUGAAAGCACUUUCUCCUUUUGAUGUUAUAUUGUGUUAUUAAGUUAUGUUAUAAUGUUAAGGUAAGCAUGUAAUUAGUUUGUACUCACAAUUUUAAAGGGAUACCAUCAUCUGUAGAAAAAAAAAAAGAACCUGCUCUGCAUUAGUUUGAAGUUUAGUUGUUCUUUGAGUUCCCAAAGCAGAGUGAUAAAAGAACCAGCCUCCUUGAAUUGCAGCUGAAAGUCACUAGUGUUUCCCAGUGUGGGCUUGGGUAUAUUUGUUUUUAAUGUAGUGCACAAUGUGGAUGGGUCUGAGUACUGCUGGGCAUAUAGACAUGUAGUCGUAGGCAGUGGAGGGGCCUCCAGUCCAGAAGGAAGGAAUAAUAUCACUGAGGGGCUUGAGAAACACAUCAACAUGGGUUGUAUAGAAAUGCAGCAGCUGUAUACACUUCCACAUUUUGUCAUUUCCAUUUUAGUAUUCAGAAUAAGAUUGUUGUGUUGAACACAGGAGUCACAUGUUUUAUGUGUCUGUACACACUUCUAAGUACACAACCUUUUCUGUUUGUAUGCACCUUUAAGUAGACAACUACAGUUUGGUCACUGUUUCACAUUGAAAUUUAUACUUCACUGCCCAAGAGCACUGGAUCUUUUUCUCUCACAAGUGGUGUGCACAUACACAAUGACUUAAUCCCAUGUCACUGAUGAGCCGCUUCCCCUUUAAUUUGGGAUCAUGGCAUUGUGUAGCUUGAGGGUUAAAAUAAACACUAAUAUCCUAAGAUUUUUCAAGUAUUUACACAAAGUUUUGUUGUUUUUCUUAGCCACAUAGCCCCGUUCACUUUUGUUGUAUGCUGAACUGAAACACGUUUUAUGUUGAUUUGUCUGUCGGAAUACUAUCUUGCUGGGAUUACUAUGCAACAUCACUGCUAUACACAAGGCAUAUACUGUAUCUUUUUUACUUCAAUAAAUGGAGUUAUUUUAUUAGGCUUUUAAUCUUCCUUGGUUUCUAUUACAAAACACUUAUUGGGAAUGGUUAGAACAAUGCAAGUGGUAUUUCUGCAAGUUAAGUGACCACUUAAGAGAAACGCAUCCUUUAUGAAACAUUUUAAUGCUAUUUAUGUAUUGGUUUUAGUUUUGACAUGACCCCAUUUUGCUCUUCUCUUUAAGAAAAAAACCUUACAGUUGACAAUCCAUUAAAUGAAUAACAUUGCUUUUAAAAAUUAGAAACAAAUGUUGCUGAAAUGUCAGAUUUCUAGCACUGAGCAAUCUGUAUGGUAUGAUGUGUUAUUCCAGACUUGUUUACCAUAAAAUAAAUGAGUGCAAAACAAA